CCCCAACACAACGUCGUCUCCGUCCCUCCCUCUCCCCUCCCCUCAGCGCCAGGCUAAUCUUCAUCUGCGUGGCCUUGUAUUUGAAUGAUGUUGCGAUCAGUUCCUCGUCGUCUUUCCCGACGAUUCCCCCCCCUCACAUCGACUGCCGGCAACCCAUCUCGUGUCGCCCUGCGUUCGUUCACAUGCGGUUAUCCGCGGAUGUCGGCAUCGACGCUACCCCCCGUCGAGCCCCCCGUGUCAUCCGCACUACCAGGCGAUUCAUACCAACUUUUAUCGACCGUCGAAAAGUCUGGCGCUGCCGAAGACGCCUUGUACGAGCAACAGAUCAAAGAUGUGGAAGCAUGGUGGAACUCACCCCGGUUCGAGGGUAUUAAGCGUCCCUACUCUGCCGCAGAUGUGGUUAGCAAACGGGGUUCUUUGCAACAAACAUACCCGAGCUCGUUGAUGGCAAGAAAGUUGUUCAACUUGCUGAAUGAGAGAGCAGCUGAGGGGAAGCCGGUUCACACGAUGGGCGCCAUUGACCCAGUACAGAUGACCCAGCAGGCAGCGAACCAGGAAGUUUUGUAUAUUUCCGGCUGGGCAUGCUCAUCUUUAUUGACCACUACGAACGAAGUCUCCGCCGAUUUCGGUGACUAUCCUUACAACACCGUUCCAAACCAAGUCCAGCGAUUGUUUAAAGCGCAACAGUUACACGAUCGGAAACAGUGGGAUACCAGACGGAAGUUGACUUCUGAGCAGCGGAAGGCCACACCGUAUGUUGAUUACUUGCGUCCGAUCGUGGCGGACGGUGAUACUGGACAUGGAGGGUUAUCCGCUGUGCUGAAGCUGGCUAAGCUCUUUGCUGAGAAUGGUGCUGCUGCUGUCCACUUUGAAGAUCAACUUCAUGGUGGAAAGAAAUGCGGUCAUCUCGCAGGAAAAGUCCUUGUGCCUAUGGGAGACCACAUCAACAGGCUUGUUGCGGCACGUUUCCAAUGGGAUUUGAUGGGAACAGAGAACCUAGUCAUCGCUCGUACCGACUCGGAGAGUGGACGCUUAAUCAGCAGUGCUAUUGAUGUGCGCGAUCACGAGUUCAUUCUCGGAGUUGCAGAGGACGUGGAGCCUCUCGCAGAGACCUUACAGGCCAUGGAGCGGGAGGGAGCUGCUCCCUCGGAAAUUGAUGCAUACGAGAUGGACUGGGUUAAGAGACAUAAGCUUGUCACUUUCGAUGAGGCUGUCGACGCGCAUCUUGAGGCGGAGGGCGCAUCUCAGUCCGCUCGGGACGCAUACAAAAAGCGUGUUCAAGAGAACCCUGACCUAUCGUUCUCUCGUCGGAGAGCACUGGCCGAUGACUACACCCAGAUACCCGUCGUUUGGUCGUGUGAUAGCCCCCGUACCCGGGAGGGAUUUUACCAUUACCGCGCCGGCUUUGCAGCAGCCACUAAGCGAGCAAAGGAAUUCGCACCUUACGCGGACCUCCUCUGGGUCGAGACAGGUGAUCCGGACGUUUCCAAGGCUGCGACGCUGGCGAGUGAGGUGCGCAGCGCGCACCCGGGCAAGAAGUUGGUCUACAACCUGAGCCCGUCAUUCAACUGGAUGGGCCAAGGUUUCGAUGAGGCUUCUCUCAAGUCUUUCAUCUGGGACCUAGCACAGCACGGGUUUGUUCUGCAAUUGAUCUCUCUCGCCGGAUUGCACACAAACGCAACCAUCACGACAGAACUCUCGCGCGCCUUCAAGGACGAAGGAAUGCUUGCCUACGUACGUAUGGUCCAGGCGCGGGAAAAGGAACUCGGCGUGGAGGUUCUCACCCAUCAGAAAUGGAGUGGUGCACCCUACAUGGAUGGCAUUCUCGGGGCCAUUCAGAGCGGCAGCAGUAGCAGCAAGAGUAUGGGUGAGGGGAACACCGAGAAGGGCUUUUAACGAUAAUUUCGAUGUAAAUAACCGACUACGAUACUGGUAUCGAAUGUAGCGAUGUAGACAAGUAUGAUCUAUACUGAAGUAUUAUUUACUCCUAGCAUAUUCGAGCGCACGACGCAAUUAUCGCCUUUGCUGGUAUGAGGGCAGAGUCCACAGGUACUGUACGAGAUAACCGACGAAGAGUAUUUACUGUGUACUGGUUUACUGUGUACUGGAUGUAUUGGCUUAACCUCUACCCCAGACUGUAUGAUACAGGACGAGAUCUCCUCCCCGAACUGAUUAAUCGAUCAU